UUUUUUUCCCUCUCUUUUCCUCUCCAGGGAAGAGAGGAAAAAGAAAAAGCUUAAAUUGAAAUGGAGCUUGAAAGCGCCGCCAUCUUCAAAAAAACUAAUCUUCCUGUCACUCUCAAGUUUGAGAAUGUUGUGUACAAGAUUAAGCCCAAGACUGAAGAUAUGUGCUACGGUUCCUCUACAUCGGACGAAGAGAAAAUAAUCUUAAAGGGGAUAACGGGUAUAGUGUUCCCCGGUGAAAUGCUGGCCAUGUUAGGCCCGUCGGGCAGUGGUAAAACAACUCUAUUAACUGGAUUAGGAGGUCGACUGAGUGGGUGUCUUGCUGGCACUAUAACUUACAAUGGAAAGCCAUUCACCAAUGCCAUGAAGCGUUACACUGGAUUUGUUACUCAAGAUGACGUUCUUUACCCUCACCUCACAGUGACCGAAACACUUGUAUUCACUGCCCUGCUUCGAUUGCCUAAAACCUUAUCGCACGGGGAAAAAGUCGCGCACGCUGAGGCUGUAAUUUCUCAAUUGGGAUUAACAAAUUGCAAGGAUAGUAUUAUUGGAGAUCCGCUAUUGAGAGGAGUUUCUGGAGGGGAGCGGAAAAGAGUCAGCAUUGGGCAAGAAAUGCUUAUUAAUCCAAGUUUGUUGUUUUUGGAUGAACCAACUUCCGGUCUUGAUUCAACAACAGCUCAAAAGAUUGUGUCGACUUUGUGGGAAUUAGUGAAGGGUGGGAGAACAAUAGUGAUGACAAUACACCAACCUUCAAGUAGGCUGUUUUACAUGUUCCACAAAGUGUUGUUAUUAUCGGAAGGAAAUCCUUUGUACUUUGGGAGAGGCGAAGAUGUUAUGGCAUAUUUUUCGAGUAUUGGAUUUUCCCCCUUAGUCGCUAUGAAUCCGUCCGACUUCUUGUUAGAUCUUGCAAAUGGUGUCUUAGAUGAUCCAAAAGAAGAUCAAGCAUCAAUCAAGCAAACUUUGGUAACUGCUUUCGAAACCAAUCUGUUGGAUAGCGUGAAGGAAGAACUGCAAAAAUUUGAUGACAGUCAACUUCAUGAAAAACUACAGAAAGGGAAAUUCAGUCAAUGGUCUAACACUUGGUGGCAGCAAUUCUCAGUAUUGUUUAGAAGAGGAAUGAAAGAACGGAAGCACGAAUCUUUCUCGGCCAUCAAGAUUGGACAGGUCUUAGUGGUCGCUGUCUUAUGCGCAUUAUUAUGGUGGCAAUCUAGUGACAUAGAAGAUCAGAUUGGGCUUUUGUUCUUUUACUCUUCAUUCUGGGGCUUCUAUCCUCUCUUCCAAGCUAUUUUUACGUUCCCGCAAGAAAGGAUGAUGCUGGAGAAGGAAAGAUCUUCAGGCAUGUAUCGACUCUCUUCAUACUUCAUGUCAAGAACCGUUGGUGAUCUUCCCAUGGAGCUAGUACUUCCAACUAUCUUUGUCAUCAUAACAUACUGGACAACUGGCCUAAAACCGUUUGCAACGAAUUUUUUCUCUACCUUAUUCACCCUCCUCUAUGGUGUACUAGUUGCACAAGGCCUCGGACUCGCAAUUGGUGCAUUUGUCAUGAACCAAAGAUCAGCUACUAUACUCGGGUCAGUAAUCAUGUUGUCAUUCACCCUAGUUGGAGGAUAUUUCGUUCGCCGUGUUCCAAGUUUCAUUGCCUGGAUCAAAUACAUAUCGAUUAGUCAGUAUACGUACAAGCUCUUGAUAGGUUCGCAGCUUGAGGCAGGGGAAACAUAUCCCUGUGGCAUAAAUGCAACUUGUUACGUCGAAGAUAUUCCCCCGAUAAAGUCCGUAGGGCUCGGAGAUAAAGCAAUAUCCGUUGUUGCAUUGGCUAUAAUGCUUGUGGGUUACAGGUUAUUGGCUUAUGUUGCACUUAUGAGGCUUGGUGUGACGAAGAAAUAGAUAUUGAAUUUUCUUUAUAUUUGGAAGUCCAAUUUAUUUAAGAGUUAAGAUAUUAUCUUCAUGUUCUACUUUCUUGGAUCUAACUUAGGUACAAGGCAGAAUGGCAUAAAGAUACUAUUGAAAAAUUACAAGCUGAUAAGAGGAGUAAUGCAAGCUGAUACACUUGCAAUUUUUGAUUUGUCAAACACUUAAUCUAUAUUUGAGACAUUAAAAUUUUGUAUGUG